UGCAGUUGUCAGGAACUGUUGCCUCGGAGGCAGACAGCUUGGGCUCAUCUCCACUUGGAGUAGAAAAAUUGACCUCUUACUCCUGGGCUGGAAUCUUUUCUUUCUUAUUUCUAGCUCUUACCUUUCAGUCUUCUGUAACUAAGGUACAUUUAUUCCUGCAGAAAACAAAAGUAUUUUCCACCUCCUUGGGGAACCCAGGCUUCAGACGUCACCAGCAGCUUGAGUCUGCAACAUUCUGGAAGUAUGGAACGUCUGGACCUGCUGGGACUCCUCAUCAUGACCUUAAACCACAGCAUGACCAUUGUGGGGAAGCUCUGGCUCGCCUUCACGAUCCUGCUGAGGAUGGCAGUGAUCAUCUUGGCAGGAUCCCCCAUCUACCAGGACGAGCAGGAGAGGUUUGUAUGCAACACUCUGCAGCCUGGAUGCACCAACGUUUGCUAUGACUUCUUCUCCCCUGUGUCUCCCCUGCGCUUCUGGCUGAUCCAGAGUGUGUCUGUUCUGCUCCCUUCGGCUGUUUUCAGUGUCUAUGUGCUGCACAAAGGAGCUGAACUCGCCAUGCGUGCAGCCUGCAAGCCAGAUGGUGGUCCCGGCGGCCACUACCCCUCUGACCUGACUUCUGGGGCUAGAUGCUGCCCACCACCCUAUGGGGAGGGCUGUCACCUGACCAUGCCAGAUUUCUCCUCUGGCUACAUUGUCCACCUCUUUCUUCGGACUCUGACGGAGGCAGCUUUUGGUGCCUUGCAUUACCUGCUGUUUGGAUUCUUGGUCCCAACGAGAUUCUCCUGCAUGCAUUCCCCAUGCACCAGCGUGGUAGACUGUUAUGUGUCUCGGCCCACUGAGAAGUCCAUUAUGAUGCUGUUCAUCUGGGUGGUCAGUGUGCUCUCCUUCCUGCUCAGCAUGGCUGACCUCAUCUAUAGCCUGCAGGGGAGGAUGAGCAGGAGGCCAGGCCCCGCUGGGCAGGAGGGCCAUGCUGGGAGGGCUGCCCCUGGCUAUGCUGGGGGCCCGGGCAGGAGGCCAGGGCUGAGGGCUGGGGAGGAAGAGGGGGAGCCUGCAGGGGAAGGUGCCAACAGCCCCAGUGGGAAGCCUGCUGUGUUGCGGCAGAUGGAGCUUCCUGAUGAGGACCAGAGUGAGCUGAUGUCCUUAGCCAGUGACAAGCUGGCCAUGGCCUGCAGAGAGCUAGGAAGCAGGCCCCACAGUGCAGCCACCCAAAACUCAAGGAGCAGAGACCUCACAAGGUCAGAGGAAUGCUCCCUAACUCCUGGGAGCUGGUUGGCAGGGCGCUGUUCAGCCAGCCAGCUGCAGCCCCCUGCAUCUGGCAGUGCUCCCCACUUGAGAACCAGAAAGUCUGAGUGGGUAUGAAGAUGAAAUGCUGGGUGGCACGGGGAACACCGUUCUGCCUGAAUGUAAACUUGGACCACUAAGGUGCAGGCCCACUUUGGCUGGUGUGAAAUCUUAUUACUCAACUAUGUUCCUGGAGAACAUCAACAGAGAGGCCAACAGGCAUGGGACAAAAUGGGCCUCGUGGAGAAUGCUGAUAUACUUGCAGUGUAGAUUUAAUUUAGAUAAGCUUUCUGCUGAAAAAAGCACAACAAAACACUUGGCCUUCAAAUUUAGUCUGGAAGCUAAAAUGGUAAAUUGGAGAGUGCCAGGUCACUGGUGAUUCUGCAAUGCAGUCCUGUUGCCUUAUCCUUUUCCACAGUUCAUCCCUAAUGUGAACCCUGGUCUCUUAAGUGAAUGAUGCUCAUUAGGGUCUUAAUGUUUCCUGAUGAAUUAUUAUGAAGUUCUUUGUUUUUUGUUGGUUUUCUGCUUGGAUAAAAGAGACAUGUUAUGCCUGCCAUCAAGAGGGAGAUGCUAGUUUAACUCCUCCAAACCCGUUUAAUAAAAUUAAUGCUGAUUGCAUUGUGAGACACACUUUGUACUUCACAGUGUAAUAGGAGAAAUGACAAGAACAGAAAGCAUGGCUAAUGAACAGCUGCGUGUCUGGGGGGUGUCUUAGAUUAU